UAAACUCACAGUUCACAGGAUAAGUCAGACGGCGGUUGCAUUUUCACUAGUGAUCGAACAAUCAUCAGUGACCAUAGAAUGUCUGCCACAAUAACUCAACAAAGCCAUGGCCACGUUUCAUUGCUGGAUCCAUCGGAGCAGCUUCGACCUGAACCAGUAUAUUCCGGAAAGCUACAGAGGGAAUUCCGUAAUUUCGAAGAGGAUUCUGAGGAUCCCAUCAAGGAACGUGUCCGCAAAACUUACGAAGAAAUGCACACCAAUCAAACUGUCGAAUUCGUGAAAUCUCGCAUGAGAGAUUGGCUCCGGUUUAAUAAAUUCAAAAUGACAGUGAAAGAUGCUCUGCUCAAACUAAACGAUCUCGUGGACGAGAGCGACCCGGACACAAACAUGCCUAAUAUCAUUCACGCGUUUCAAACUGCGGAAUCUAUCAGAGAAAAGCAUCCAGACUUGGACUGGUUCCAUUUCACCGGCUUAAUUCAUGAUCUUGGCAAGGUGAUGGCUUUUUAUGGAGAACCCCAAUGGGCUGUAGUGGGUGACACAUUCCCCGUCGGUUGCGCCUGGGGUGAUUCCAUCGUAUACAGAGCGACGAGCUUUGACAAUAAUCCCGAUGGCAAAGACUCACGUUAUAACACAAAAUAUGGCAUGUACAAACCUAAGUGUGGAAUAUCCAAUUUGAUGAUGUCAUGGGGCCAUGACGAAUACUUGUACCGCUUACUCGUGCACAAUAAGAGUAAAUUACCGAAGGAGGCUUUGGCUAUAAUUCGGUUUCACUCUUUCUACCCCUGGCAUGCCGGAGGUGACUACAUGCACUUUUGCACUCCAAAGGACUUGGAAAUGCUGAAAUGGGUGGUGGAAUUUAAUAAAUUUGAUCUUUACACUAAGAGCGGCGCCGUUCCAGACAUUGAGAAAUUAUGGCCCUACUAUGAGAAAUUGAUUGAUAAAUACCUCCCUGGUGUAAUUGAGUGGUAAUCUUUAUUCCAAUUGUAUAUAUUCGUAAUUUGAUACUUAAUAUAUAUAGUAUAUUAAUAUGGCAUUUUAAAUGACGAUUGUUACGUGCGAAUAAUAUGAUUUUAUUUUAUUGCAAAA